CCUCCAAGCAGAAAUGUCAAAAUGGCGUCAACGCAGGACGCUUGGUAUAUUUCUUUACUUGGUUUAGCGGAACAUUUCCGCACUUCAAAUCCUCCUGACAUAAAAAGUUGUAUUCAGUGCCUUCAAGCCGUAUUUAAUUUCAAACCACCACAGAGAGUCGAAGCUAGAACACAUUUACAACUCGGGAAUAUCCUUUUGACACACACUAAAAACAUCGACUUGGCGAGAUCGCAUUUGGAACAGAGUUGGUGUUUAUCUCAGACAAUCAAUGGGUUUGACGAUGUCAAGUUCGAAGCGGCGAGUGUGUUGGCAGAGCUCUUCGAGCAGCAGGGCCAACCUACACACUCCAAACCUAUUCUACGAAAAGCAAUCGAAUUAUCACAGCACAGUGUUUAUUGGCACUGCAGAUUAAUAUUUCAAUUAGCACAAAUCCAUGCAACAGAGAGGGAAUAUGAAGUGGCGAGCAGUUUACUUGGUGUUGGAGUGGACUAUGCCCAGAUAUCCAAUGCUGCAUAUACACGAGUACUGUUUUUGCUCAGUAGGGUUAUGUUACUAUUAAUAGACAAAAAAAUACAAGAAGUUCUACCACUGCUUAACCAAGCUGGACAUCUCGUUGAAACAUGGGCUGGUAGUCCACACCAAAAAGAAUAUUUGAAAGUUUUCUUUCUAGUAUUGCAGGUAUGUCAUUACUUGAUGGCGGGACAGGUGAAAAGCGUGAAACCAUGUCUGAAGCAGCUGCAGCAAAGUAUUCAGACCAUCAUGGCUCCAACGUGGCCAGAUGAUGACGCGGUGUGCGGGAGCGCGGCGGGCGAGUCGUUCGUGUGGCUGUCGCGGCAGCAGCUCUACGUGCUCGUGUACCUCGUCACCGUCAUGCACUCCGCGCAGGCCGGCUACAUGGACAAGGCGCACAAGUACACGGAGAAGGCGCUGGCGCAGAUCGACAAACUUACCUCGAGCGAGGAGGGCGGCGAGGCGGCGGCGGCGGCGAGCGGGCCGCGCGGCGCGGCGACGCUGGCGUGGCGCCUGCGCAUGGCGCUGCUGGAGCACGCGGCGCUGUGCCGCCUCGUGGCGGGCGGGAAGGCGCACGCGCUGCACGAGAUCGCGCGCGCCGCGCACCUGCUGGCCUCCGCGCCCAGCGCGAGCACGGCCGCGGCGCACACCCCGCAGCUGCACUGCCUGCUGGGGCUGUAUGCCAUGUCAAUGAAUUGUAUGGAGGCCGCUGAGGCGCAGUUCCACACAGCUAUACACAUGUCACAAGAGAGAGACUUAUGGAUGUUCGCGAAACUGAACUUGGCCAUUGUAUAUUUACGAGGAAGGAGAGACAAUGACUUAGCACAAUUAAUGGAACAGGUGAGGCCAGAAGCGUUACCUGCGUACGCACACGGACUGCGAGCGGCCUCUUUCUACGUACUAGGACUACAAGCCUUCUUUCAAGCGAGAUAUAACGAAGCAAAACGUUACCUCAGAGAGACACUAAAAAUGGCGAAUGCGGAGGACCUGAACAGGCUGACUUCUUGUUCGCUGGUGCUGCUCGGGCACAUCUUUUUGUCCAUCAAUAACUCUCGAGAGAGCAUGAACAUGGUGACGCCGGCCAUGCAGCUCGCCAGCAAGAUACCCGACGUACAUGUACAGCUUUGGGCUUCGGCUAUACUCAAAGAUUUAUACAGGCUAGCGGGUGACACCGAGCGUGAGAACGAAGCCUACCAGAUGCACUGCAACUUCUCGCAGGCGCUGCUGAAGGACCACUUCCAGGCGACGCAGCUGCCGCAGCACGCGCUCGUGCACUGGACGAGCGGCCCGCCGCCCGCGCUGCCGCCGCCGCCCGGCGCCGCGCCCGCCACGUAGUGCGGCGCCCGCCACGCAGUGCGGCGCCCGCCACGCAGUGCGGCUCUCCUGCUAAUGCUAUGUCGGGAUGUCUACAUGUGAUUUAUUUUGGUUAAAUACUUAACUAACAUAUGACUAUGCGAAUUAUUAUACAUAAAGAUAUAGUAGCAAAGUCGUUAUAUCUGAAAAUCAAAUUAUCUGUUGUAAUUUGCACUUAAAUGAUUUUUUAAAAUAAUUAUCACUUAUUACCAGCGUCGUCAGACAGGCCUAAAUAUUAUCGUUUUAAAAAUCGAUUUUCAAUGGAUCUGACACCUAAACGGAAUGCAAAGUUACCGCCUUAAAAAGAAUUUAACGCAGUUGUUUCUAUUGUACAUUACACGUAAAGUGACAUUAAAGCAUGUAACUUACAUGUAAAUUUGGGUGUCGUAAAUUUAAUAUCAAGAUCAUUUCAAAGCUUCGAUUCUUAAUUUUUUAUGUAAAUAAAUCCUCAAAAUGGUCAUCAAUAACAAUAUCUAUUUAAUCAAUGAAGGUGUGCCGUCUUAAGAAAAUUUAAACACUUUCUAAAAUGAUGAUGACUCUAUGAGUGAUUGAUUUUCGGAAAAUAGUAAAAUUAGAUUUAAAACUUAUUAUUAGUAAUAAAAUUUCGGUUUCAACAAAUUUAUGUGACAAUAAAAAUCAUAUCAGAGCAGCAUAGAAAAAUUGAGCAAAAAUUCUACAAUACUUUUGCUCUAAAAAUUGAUUGCUUAAUUAUCGAUGUCAAAUAUCCUGAUCUAUUUACAUUUAUUAGUAAUAAUUUUCGUCGAUAUCAAAAUUAAAUGCAUCUUAUUUAGGUUCUUAAUUAUUAUUAUUAGAUUUAUUUUAAUACGCAAUGGUACGAUUUUUAGUUAUAUAUCUAUUUAUUUUAACUGAUUUUUCUUCGAUAUUAUAUAUAGUAAAUGAAACAUGUUGAGAUCUUGUAUUAUAAUAUUCUUAUAUACAACAAAAAUGAAAGGGAGAGCAAAAUAGUGUCCCAUUUUGCACAAUUUAUAACAAUCGGAAACAAAAA